CCCUUCAGGUAUGUGCUGGAAUUAGGAGCAGUCAUACCGAAAAGCGAACUUACCUUGGGGGUGUGUAAUCUUUUCUUGGUGUAUUCUUUCGGUUUUUAUUUCAAAGAAGGAGACAGAAGUUUAUACACACCAUGUCGGAAACAGACGAACUGGCUAACAAGCUCGCCCGACGCCAAGCUUUGAAUGAAGACGAAGAAAUGCCAAGACGGCAGCUACAAGUUUUCAAUCCAUUCACAGAGUUCAAAGAAUUUACAAGGAAGCAGAUUAAGGAUUUCGAAAAGAUGUUCAAGACGUAUGAUGUAAAAAAUGAUCAUUAUUUAGAUCUCAUGGAAAUGAAGAUGAUGAUGGAAAAAUUAGGGGCUCCUCAAACGCAUGUCGGACUUAAAAACAUGAUAGCAGAAAUUGAUGAAGAUAAUGAUGGCAAAGUCUCCUUCAGAGAGUUUCUCUUGAUCUUCCGCAAAGCUGCAGCCGGUGAACUUCUGGAAGACUCAGGUUUGAGUGCUCUAGCUAGACUUGCUGAAGUCGAUGUGGAUGAAGUAGGUGUGGGAGGUGCAGCCAAGUUUUUUGAAGCCAAGGUUAAAGAACAAGCAUCAUCAAACAAGUUUGAAGCUGAAAUUCGCCAAGAACAAGAAGAGAGGAAAAAGGCGGCAGACGAGGCUAAAGCCAGGAAGCAAGCAUUUAAGGCUAAGCAAGCAGCAUUUGGGGCUCACUAAAAGCAACAUGCUUGCCUUGAAUGAAUUUAACAGUAUGGUUUUCAAAUAACUUUUUAAAUCACUAAAAUAAAUUACAAGAAAUUCAGACAAAUAGUACAGUUUUACUGUACAGCUCUGGUGCUGUUGCCAUCUCCAUUUAAUUAACUGGUACCUGAUUUUUUUUGUGGUUGGAUUUGUAUUGACAGUUGAUUUCCUUUUUGAAAUCUGCCUUGACUAUGAUUGCAAUCAAGAAUAAUUCAGUAAAGAGAUAAUCACAGAAUAAACAAACAAAAUUAAUAAGUUUUGCCAGUUGCACAGUAUAGUAAGGUGUAAGCUCAUACCAGAUUUCUUUAACAAGAAAUUUGCCAUUGUUUUCUUUGCUCUUCAAGUCUUGAAUUUUGUUCCUUAACUCCAAAACUUGCGGAAAAGCUGAAAGAGUGAUUCUAAAUUAGAUCAGUUCUACCUAAAGGAAUUCAUAUAUUUUCCUGACAAGGACUGAUAAACAGUAUUUUCAAAUCAGCUAGUUGAACCAACAUAGUUCAGAUAAAUAAUUAUGUAACAAUCAUUAAAAUUAUUACUUAACUCUCAAACUUGGUGCCACUACUGAUGCAAGGGAUUACUAGGUGAUGUGUACUAGAAUUGCACCAUUGCAACACUGAACCACUUUCAUUUCUAAAUAGCAUGCUGCAUGAUUUUUAUGUGAUACAAAUAGUUUACACAAGUUAUUGAGUUGAAACUAGCACACCAUGUUCUAUGAAAGAAAAAAAAAUUCCCUCGUUAGGUUUUGGCCAAUCAAUCUUAGAGUUGGGGGAUGUUUAGUGAAAAUAAAGGGGACAUUUGUACAAUGAGGUCAACUGGCAUGACAUUGUGAAAUUUUUCCUGUAAGAUUUAGACUUAAAUAAUUAUACCAAUGUGGGAGGUCAAAUAAAGGUAGUGAUAAUAUUUUUCACAUAGAAAAAUAAUAAUCCUGAAGGAUUCUUGUGAAGGUAGUAAAAUGACAUCAUUGUUCAAAUUUCCUAUCAACAGUUAUACCACUAAUCUCUUUUUGUUGUCCAGAAAAAACCUGUUUGAUACCCAACACCUCUUGUUAUUUGUUUGACACUAGGCAGUCUUGUUCUUAUAAAUGUUUUACUGUUUAAGUUUUGUUAUUACCAAGUUAUUGCUAUUACAAGAAGAUUGAAUUUAUUUCUUGAGAAAAUUAAAAUAUCUCACCAUUAAUACUCCACAAGGGCAUUUAGAUUGUAAUCUAGCUGAUAGAGCUUUUGAAAUUUCCAUUUAUGAACAGAAGUGUGGUUUUGAAUUUUUAAAGCAAUAAAAAAUUAUUUUCUAUCAACUUUAUUGAUUAAUGGUGUAAACAUAUUUAGACUUAUUUGAGACCCUCUAUGGCCUGUUUUUGUUGUUGUCUUUUUCCGUAAUUCCAAUUUUCAUGAAGGAUCCAUGAUCCACAACAAGAUAAAAUAAACAUCUAAAUAGCCA